AUGGCCUCGGACGAGCUGGCCACCAAGCUGAGCCGGCGGCUGCAGCUGGAGGACGAGGGCGACAGUGAAGCGGUGGAGCAGCCCGGCCUGAACGGGGCUGCUGCGGCGGCGGGGGCGCCCGAUGAGGCGGCGGAGGCGCUGGGCAGCGCGGACGGCGAGCUGAGCGCCAAGCUGCUGCGACGCGCUGACCUCAACCAGGGCAUCGGCGAGCCCCAGUCGCCCAGCCGUCGCAUCUUCAACCCUUACACCGAGUUCAAGGAGUUCUCCAGGAAGCAGAUCAAGGACAUGGAGAAGAUGUUCAAGCAGUAUGAUGCUGGCCGGGAUGGUUUCAUUGACUUGAUGGAGCUAAAGCUCAUGAUGGAGAAACUUGAAGCCCCCCAGACCCACCUGGGCCUGAAAAACAUGAUCAAGGAGGUGGAUGAGGACUUGGACAGCAAACUCAGCUUCCGGGAGUUCCUGUUGAUUUUCCGCAAGGCAGCGGCUGGGGAGCUACAGGAGGACAGCGGGCUCCAUGUGCUGGCCCGCCUCUCUGAGAUUGACGUCUCCACCGAGGGAGUCAAGGGAGCCAAGAGCUUCUUUGAAGCCAAGGUCCAGGCCAUCAAUGUGUCCAGCCGAUUCGAGGAGGAGAUCAAGGCGGAGCAGGAGGAGCGGAAGAAGCAGGCUGAGGAGAUGAAGCAGCGGAAAGCCGCCUUCAAGGAGUUGCAGUCCACCUUCAAGUAG